AUGGAAAAGAUGGAGGAGGAGAUUGAGAGAUUGACUGAGAGGAUGUUUGGGGCCGGUCGAGCUUCAACUUCCAGAGAUGAAGGCAGAAGAGUUUUAAGAUCAACAACGCUUGGUGCCUUAACCAAUGAGAGCCGAGCAUCAUUCCUUGGCGGGAACGACUGUGAUUCGUCGAGGCACCUCGACUUGGCCGACGAUCGAGUUGAUGGUUGGCAGGAGACGCAGCAGCAGCAACAGCAGACGCAGCAACAGACGCAGCAACAGACGCAGCAACAGACGCAGCAACAGACACAGCAACAGACGCAGCAACAGACGCAGCAACAGACGCAGCAACAGCAGCAGCAACAGCAGACGCAGCAACAGCAUAAGGCAGCAUAA